AUGUCAGAACUACAUUCGUUUGGAACAUCAGACAAUCGGAUUUCCAAUCCUGACAAGCGAUCUACACUCGAUAUCCCUCGGAACUCUUCAAAUCAAAAGAUAGAAGUGUAUUACUUAAGUAUCGAGAAUCAUCCACAAAUACAUUCCGACGAAAUAACAAAGCCUGUGCCACCGCCGCCGCCUCUAACAACGCGCCGAAGCGUCAAUUCAGCUCGGUUUCGACCUGAGCUAUAUCAUCUUAAUACUGAAGAUGCGGAUGCAAAGAUAUGCACUUGUCGUUCACCCCCGGAAUUAAUCAGUAAGAAACGGAAGUCGUCUGUAUCAUGUGAAGCAAGAGCGGAAAUGUAUUAUAUAAGUACCGAAAGCCGGAAAACACCUGGCAUUGUUGAUGACGACAAACAAGGAUUGUAUAGAACCGCUAAUUAUCAUCAACUUAAAUCAACUGCUUUUUUAACGCCUCCUGAUAGUCCAACAGAUAAGAAAGUAAUCACGUAUACUUUAAUUAAAUCAAAUGAGAACAAAUUUUUAUCGUCUUUUUCCCCGACUCCGUCACCGCCUUUACAACCAAUUAAGAAAGAACAAGCUGUCACACUUACUGCAGUUAAUACCAAUAAUGCAACGAUGUUGCCACGUUCGAAAGCACUGGAAAGUUUUCAACGAAGCAUGAAGAAAUAUCGCUUUUAUGGAUAUUGA